UUUCCGUUUUCUAUUUAUCCUCUGGGGAAAUGAAAUCAGUCACCGCUUCAGAUUAGGGUUUCUGAUUUGGGACUCCCAGUUUGCAGUGGCUGCUGCAAUCUUUUCUCCGAGAACUCGAAUUCCGAUCCAAUUUCAGAUGAAGCGUCGAAUCUCCGAAGGUAACCCCAACGGGAAGGGGGAGAGAAUUGACGGCUCAGGACCAGUCAAUCACCACAGGCAGAUGAAGAAGAACGUGAUGAGAUUGGGUGGCAGUGGGAGAGGCCUCUCGCUCGAAGCUUUCGCCAACGCGAAAACCAAGAAUAACAACUACAACCCUGCCUUGAUCAAGAGACAAAGAGAGUUUUACAAGAAUGCCAAAUAUAUGCAGAAGUAUAAAAAGUCACUAAAACAAGAAGGCGAACAGAAUGAUCCCCUUCCAGCUGCAAGACUGCUAGAGAAUGAGAACGAGAACAAGAAUGAAAAAGCCAGUGAGAUGAACCAGAAGAGCAAGAGAAACAGAAAGAAAGGUGCCCGAAAUUUAGAAGAAUUGUACAAGAAAAAGCGGGAGGAGGAAGAGAAGGCUACGAUUGAAAGGGAAGCGAUUAUUCAAACAAAGAAGGAAGAAAGAGAGAGAUCUGAAUCUCGAAGAAAAGCUUUAAGGGAGAAGAUGUUGAAGAAGACAAAAUCAGGUCAGCCUGUGAUGAAGUAUAGAAUUGAGCAUAUUUUGGAAACACUUCAAGGCUCAACUACUUGAGUUCUUGAUAUGCACUUCCCCUUAAGCAUUCAACACUAAUAUGCACGCUCUGAUCACCUCACUUUCACCUCACCCUCAGCAAUGAAGAUCCAUAGAGGUGAAUUCACUACUGACUGUUGUAAUCUUUCUGUACUGGCUUGUGAGUUGGAUUUCUUAGAUUGGUUGUGAAUGCUGGUGACUGAUCAAACCAAUUAAGAGAGUGGUAAAGAAAUUUGGAUUAUUCACUA